UAAAGUUGUUUGUUACUGAUUAUAAAAGGGACUCAUGUCCCCCAUGUAAGGUGUGCUCUUCUCUGGCAUUAGUCGAGAAGAAACACCCGCUCAGCUGAACGAAAAUAAAGGUGUGGUACCCGUCUUCUUGUUCUCCGUGCCUCCUUGGUGUAAUUAGGUAAGCUCCAGGGGGAAACGGGCCCUAUUUGGCCAACAAUUGGCGACUCCGCCGGGACUUCUCUCCCUGUAGAGGGCGCUGACCGGCGACCGAGGGCGAUUCCGAGGAGUGGCCACCUCGAGCCACUGAUUUGCUCGGGCCUCGGGUCGUUGUGAUCGGUCGGGGCGGCCGCGUCCUCUCUAAAGAGAACUCCUAACGACACGGAGGCGAGACGGUGCCAGAAGAAGGGGAAGGUCCAACAGCCGGACGCGGCCACUCCGGGUGAUUUACCCUGGCCCAACCCCGAUAUUGAAAUGUAUGUAGAUGGAUCCAGUUAUGUAGAAGAAGGGAAGCGAUUUACAGGAGCAGCCGUCAUAGUUAAAGAGGGAGAAGUGUACAAGUUUAAGCUUAGCCCCAACCUAUCUGCCCAGGUGGCGGAACUGGUGGCUCUUAUUGAGGCUCUCCGGAUGGGAACUGGAAAGACUAUUAAUGUAUAUACUGACAGUCGUUAUGCAUACAUGGUGGUGCAUGCCCACGGAACUCUAUGGAAAGAAAGGGGUUUCAUUACAGCCUCAGGCCAAAGAAUAGCCCAUGGGGCUCUUAUUAAGACACUACUUGAGGCCCUGAUGCUUCCCCUCCGGGUCGCAGUGAUACACGUGCGUGCACAUGGGAGGGCCCCUGAGACUGAACAGCGAAAAUAUAAUCGAUUGGCUGAUCAAGCCGCGAAAGAAGCCGCACAAGAAGGGGCCAUAUGGCUUCUCUGGGUCCAAGACACGGAAGCCAAAACCCCUGCUCCCCACUAUACAGCAGAGGAAGUGUCCCACGCCCAGGCUGCAGGGGCACAACCAACUCCCACUGGGUGGUGGAAGUUGCCAGGAGGGGAAAUUUUUGUACCUAGACCAGUACUUCAGGAGAUUCUCCGAUCCCUACACAAGGAGGGACAUUUGGGAUCAGGAGCUAUGGUCGAUUUAAUCACCCGAUCCGUUCGAGGAUUCGGUGCACAUAUGGAAGCCCAAAGAAUUGUAAAUAAUUGUUCCGUUUGUCAGCGAACAAAUCAAAAGGGGUGCGGUCCGCCUGCCCCAAUGGGAGGUCGGCCCUGGGCUGCCUAUCCUUUUCAAAGAUGGCAGGUGGACUUUGCUGAAGUCCCCCUUUGUAGGGGUUAUAAGUACUUGCUUGUCUUUGUUGAUCAAUUGACUGGAUGGGUGGAGUGCUAUCCUACACGAUACUGUCAGGCACGAGCCGUUACCAAAGCCCUGUUACAUGAAAUACUUCCCCGCUUCCACCUCCCGGAGGUGAUUGAGUCAGACCGGGGAAGUCAUUUUAUCUCCCAAGUGGUUCAGCAGGUGUCACGAGCCCUUGGAAUCCAAUGGAAAUUGCACACGCCCUGGAGACCACAAAGCUCGGGCCAAGUGGAAAGAAUGAAUAGGACUCUUAAAGACACUCUCACAAAACUGUGCAUAGAAUCUGGGUUAAAGUGGCCUGACGCCCUACCACUUGCCCUUACUCGCAUUCGGAGGGCCCCACGUAAGGGUCUGAAACUUUCACCCUUCGAACUGGUCUUUGGGUUCCCUCCCCGAUUACAUCGAUACGAAGCACCUUUCCAGACCCUUCCCUUGGAACAGCCGGUGCAUUCCUUCCAGAUCGGUGAUCGGGUCCUAGUUAAAAAGUGGAAGCGUGAUCCACUCACACCACGGUGGGACGGUCCGCAUACUGUAUCGCUCAUCAGCCAGGCCGCUGUUAAGGUCCUUGGGAGCGACAAAUGGACACAUCAGUCCCGAGUAAAGUGGUUCCUGAGCCCUGACUCGGAGGACAGCCUAACUGAAGAGGACAUCAGCCCUCUGUCCUCUCUGGCUCCGGAGGCCCAGAGUGACACAGGCGAAGACUCUACCUGGGAGUACCAAGAAUUGGAAGGAUUAAAAGGACUGUUUAAAAGACAGAAACAAUGA